AUGGUUGAGCUGUCAGACCUUGACCUUCAAGCUACUGACCCCAAACUCCAUGAUUGUUUGAUUGGCUAUUAUCUGGGUAGGAGAAUUCCGUUUAAAGUUACUGAGGAAGCUCUUAAAAGGGCGUGGAGCCCGUACCUCACCGAAGUCAUGGCAAACGGAAAAUGUUUCUUCAUGCUGCAUAUUACUGAUAUGGAUUUUAGGAGGAAGCUCCUUGAAGGUGGCCCAAUCACAGUUGCGAAGGUUCCAUUUAUUCUGCAACAAUGGAAGCCUGAUCCUGAACUCGAGAAAGACACCCAUUUAAUUGUCCCCGUGUGGGUCAAGUUGAGAAACCUUCCUUUCUCCUUUUGGUCGGCCCGGGCUAUUGGCAAAGUUGCGAGUGCGACCAGCCCUCUUGCCUCUUGUGAUUCUAUACUGCUUGUUCAUAAUGGAAAUUCCCGUAUUGUUGCUGUGGAAUAUGAGUGGUGUCCACAAGUUUGUUCCAAGUGCGGCAUCUUUGGCCAUAACUGCAAUACCCUAGCCCCUCGCCAAACAUCUAAUUUGAGGAGACGUGCAGCCAAGGCUCCUGUAUCAGUUGUUCUUGCUCCUAUUCAGCUCCCCCAGGACAGGCUUGCUUCCCCUGUUUUGGUGGUUGCUCAUGCCCCGCAUCAGCAACAAGAUUCGGAAAGAGUCCAGCAGCCUUUCGAUGCUUUGGAAGCCGGUGGGGAACUUGCUGCUCCUCAUGCGGAAGCCGCUGCUUUUUCCCAAGUGUCGUCUUCGGUUGCUCUGCCUAUACCUACAAGAAACGAUGCUGGUUCCUCUGAUUUAGUCACAGUGCGUGAAGUCGCACACCUGCCCUCGCUUCUUCCCCUCCUCUUAUUCCUCCCGCAGGUGAGGAAUGACAUGAAGUGGUAG